AUGGGUCACCAGCAGCUGUACCAGAGCCAUCCGAGGAAAUGUGGCCAGGGUUCUCGUUCCUGCCACAUCUGCUCAAACUGGCACAGUCUGAUCCGGAAAUACGGCCUCAAUAUGUGCCGCCAGUGUUUCCGUCAGUACGCGAAGUAUGAUAUAGGCUUCAUUAAAUUGGAUUAA